AUGCAUGGGAGAGUUAAAAUUAUACAGACAGCUGAACAAGAACGAGCUAAAAAGCUAAAAAAGGAUCAAAUAAGUAGAGAAUUCUCAGAAGAAUGUGAGAAGCUGUGGUUGUGUCGUGAAAAGAAUGACUUCAAUGAAGUGCAUUUGGAAGAAAUUGGUUCCCUUAUUGAAACAUCUCCAGACACAGCAACCCUGUGGAAUUAUAGACGCGAAAUAAUAAUGCAUCUCAUUCGGAAUUUUUCUGAGGAUCAAGAAAAGGUUUCAAAGUUAUUUGAAUCUGAAUUGAACCUUACAACUCGCUGUUUAUAUAGCUCGCCGAAAUCUUAUACUGUUUGGUAUCACCGAUCUUGGGUUAUGAAUAAUCACACUUCUCCGAAUUGGGAAUCUGAAUUGAAGCUUUGUAACCAAGCCCUAACGCAGGAUGAAAGAAAUUUCCACUGUUGGGAUUACCGCCGCUUUGUCGUUUCCAAGGGUAGUAUUUCAACGGAGUUAGAGCUGGAGUUUACAGACUCUGCCAUAGAAAAAAAUAUGAGCAAUUAUUCAGCUUGGCACUAUCGUGGUGAACUUUUAGCUUCUGCGUCUAACGCUUCUGUAUCGUCCGAAAGUCUUAAUCCUCAGACUCAGUUGAAUAAAAAACAAAGCCAAUCUCGGUUUGAUUUUUCAUUACCAAAUGGCGAACUGGAUCUUGUUCACAAUGCAAUAUUCACAGAUCCCGCUGAUCAGAGUCCUUGGUUCUAUUAUUGGUGGUUAUUGGGUCGCGGAGAAAGAAAGGUUUAUUUAAGGGAACUGUAUAUUUCACGGAAGCUGGGAAGAUUUGUUCUUGUUUUCAGCUCUGUGAAAUUGAUGCAAACUUUAAAAGAUUUGCAUGUUUCCAUAAAAGUGUUUCCAUGUGACGGUACAAUUUCUAAUUCUAUAACUUUAACACCUGAGCUUCUUGGGGGAUGGAACUCUGUCCUAGAUGAGCAGUUAUCAGCUGUUUGGUGGUUGCCGCUUAACCAAGAUUUAGUAUCCCGUUACGCUCCUGAUAAUGAUAGGCAUCUAUAUCAGUGUCAACCUUGGAAUGUUGUAGCCCAAGUCUGGAUUAGAAAAGCUAAUGGCGAUGGAAACCAGGAAAUCUGUGUUAAUAUGCCUGAAGAUUCUGCAAACUACUUGUCCCUUCAGUGUUGUAUGGAUUCUCAUCAAAAUGAAUCACUGACACGCGUCACUCUAGACCCUCUAAGAUUGUUAAAUCCUAUGAUUUUGCCCUCACAUGAUCCAAAAGAUUUGGUUGGGGAACUGAAUAUUGUUCGUGACCUGCUGUCAUUUGAACCGAAAAACAAAUGGGCUUUGUUGACGCUUGUCAGCCUUCUUCGCUUUAUUCGACCGCAUAAUUUUCAUGAAGAGGUGAAAGAAGCGUUAAACGUGUUAGUGUCAGUUGAUCCUCAGCGUUCUUUUUAUUAUGAGCACUUGCGAUCUUUGUAUGCAGCCCUAGAUGUUCUGGCUCAUGCAUAUGAAGACCAGUCCAGGGAAGUGGUGUUACAUAAUCUGGAUAUGAGUUGUUUUCGUAAUCUUGAUUGGUAUGCGUUGAUGACCAAAAUCGAUUUUUCUAAUAACUCAAUCGUACGAAUCCCGGAUACUUUCUCUUAUUUAAUCUCCGUUUUGGAACUGAAUUUAGAUGAUAACCAGUUAACAACUCUUUGUGGGAUUUCCCGUCUUCCGUCUCUGACCAACCUUUCUGUCCAACGCAAUCGACUGUGUACUUUCGAAUCUAUUGAAGACUUAGUUUAUUGCCCUAGUUUGCGCGUAGUGUACAUAAAUGGAAAUGAAGUAAUCAAGUUACCCCAGUUGAGUAAUUUGAUAUCAAAACAUCCAGGGUUUCAAAGACAGGGAGAUUCAUUUUCUUUGGUGUACGAUAAAACAUUUCACCAUUAA